AUGUGUUUGUGUGUGUGUGUGUGUGUGUGUGUGUGUGUGUGUGUGUGUGUGUGUGUGUGUGUGUGUAGACGCCAACUGCCUCACGAGAGCAUAUACUUCGAUCCGAGUCCGAUUGACCAGGACGUCUUGGAGGGCCUGGAAGCCAGGCUGAGGUGCGAUGUUUCCAAAAAUGGGAUGAUUGCCUUCCACUGGCUCUUCAAUGGAAAAUUGCUAUUCAACCAAACGAGGAAGUACCAAGAGGCUGGCGACCUACGCAUCUCGAGAGUUGACAGGUUACUAGAUAAGGGCAAGUAUAGAUGCAUAGCCACCAACAUUCAGACUGGGAUUGCUCUUAGAAGCACUGAGGCUACCUUAACUGGAAAUGAAAUAGUAUUGAAAUGCUUGGCCAGCGCAGAGCCCGAACCGUACAUAGAAUGGUUUAAGAAUUUCAACAAGAUUCAACCAACUGAUAGAUAUCGACCAAUGAAAUUUCGUCUUAGAAUCAUGUCCGUCAGUUUAUUGGACGAAGGGGUUUAUACAUGUAAGGCGCGGAACGUGGCUGGGUCUUCAGUUGAUAGUGACGUUUUCGUCUUGUCUGUUGAAACACCUAAUGAUAUAGCGCUCAACUUAGAUACAUAUACACCGUUUGCUGUCGCCAAGAAAGGUUCUUCAGUGGUGAUGAAUUGUCAGUUUGGAGAUGCGUCUGAUACCUUUUGGUUCUUCAACAACAAGACACUUAUAAACUUUAAUGAUGCAAGGUAUGGAAAGCUAAACAGAUCGAGUCUUCAAAUUAAUAACGUCAGUGAGAUUGAUGAGGGAAUUUAUCUGUGCUCCUCUUCAUCGUCAUCCUCUUUAUCAACAUCGUCGUCAUCAUAUUAUGCAGUGAAAGUAGCGUUGGCAUACUUAGACCUCUUAACGGCGUCAUCAAUUGAGCCCUAUAGACCAACAUCGGAUCAUAUCAUACCCCAACAUGGCAAGGUCGAUCUGUUUUGUCGUCUGCCCCUGGCUCACCCUACUCCAAAACUAAGGUGGGAAAAUCCGUACGGUACAGAAAUAACUAACCAAUCAGGAAGUAGGAUUCGGUCCGUGGGCGGAGCCCUGUUCAUACACAAUGUUGAUGAAUCAGACGCCGGCCAAUACACGUGCGUUGUUGAAAAUUUGGCAAGAAGUGUUUCUUACACGGUUCAAGUCUACGUAUCAGUUCCUCCAAAGAUUAGCCUUCCUCCGUUAAGUUUGCGCGUGAACGAAGGCGAAGAUGCCAGGUUUGAAUGCAAGUACGUCGGGUCGGCCUAUCCCGUUACGAGAAUCACCUGGAAGAAGGAUGAUGUUGUGAUAGCAGAUCCCCGCUUACUAUCUUCCAUCUCCCACACCUACCUCUCCAUCUUGAACGUCAGUGCCGAUGACGAAGGCAAUUAUGCUUGCGUCAUCAACAGCACGGGUCACGAGGUCAUUCAAUCUGCUUCCGCUAGACUCUACGUUGAAAAACACCUGAAAUUCAACCCACUUCCAUUGAACACGACAUUGGAACUGCACUCCAAAUCUCUGGUUCCAUGCAGGGUGGAGGGAAAGCACCCCCUCAAGAUCACCUGGUUUAAAGGUCAAAGUUCAAAAAUGUUUCCAGAGCACGUGACCCAAUUGCUAAACGGCUCGAUGUUUUUCGAUGGCGUACAGAGAGGCGAUGUUGGUUUCUACACGUGCAAGGCUGCAUACGUUGGAGCCACUUCUUCAGCUUCAGGCGGCGCAGUUCGGCCAAAAUUCAAAGUCGUUCCACAAAACCAAACCAUUCUCAAGUCCCAAGAAAUAACAUUCAACUGCAUUGCAUGGGGCGAACCGACUCCCACAAUAAAAUGGUUUAGGCAGGAUUCCCUGAUUAGUGAAGAUGGCGACAUGAGCGGAACUUCGGCAAGUCAUAAGAUAUUAAACAACGGAAGUUUGCAUAUUUCAAAUCUCAAUCCACCAUUGGACGAUAAUACGAUGUAUUCAUGUCUGGCCACUAACAAGGGGGGUAGUGAAAGGAGUAUAGCCUACGUCCGGGUCAUGAAUGGAAAAGGAAAAUACGGUGACGUGUUUGUAUCGAAAUUAAAUUUAGUCCCAACCACGACGAAAGCACCACUCUCCAAUGAGAUUGCAGAAAACAGCAGCGGCAGCAACAGCAGCUUCAUAUUUCAGGUUAAAUCCUUCACGUUGAAAAACAGACCAACUUAUUUCAACACGGAUCUUAAUACUUUUGGGAAUGUUGACCACGAUAAUGUUGCUAGCAUUUUGUUCGUCAACCAGCAAGUCGAUCCAAUUCUUGUCGUCUGUGAAUACACUGAUUGGGGCGAUUUGAAGCACUUUCUAAUUUCAAUGAGAUCAACAACACACCACCCGCAACAACUACCAACAACAACUACACCAUCCUCAACAUCAAUGCUCUCCGCUCAACAACAUCAACAGCACAUCUACAGCAACAUUUCAGAAAUUUUCCCAUCCUCCCAGUUCAAUUUCUUCCACCAGCUCUCCAUAACUAUGCAAUGUGCAUCCGGAAUGGAUUAUUUAUCGUCCCGGAAUUUGGUACACGGAGAUCUGGCAGCCAGGAAUGUACUCAUCGACUCGAAACUCCGUGUUAAAAUCUCGAAUUUGGGGCUCUGCCGUGAACCAUACGCCCAGGAAUACGAUGAAAUUAAUGAAAAUAUUUUUUCUUUGAGAUGGCAGGCCCCAGAACUAACCUUGAAUUUGACUUCAACGAUGACGUCAUUCAGUGACGUGUGGUCGUUUGGAAUUCUGACGUGGGAGAUAUAUUCGAUGGGGUCCCUGCCAUUUGCCGACCUCACUGACGUACAACUAAUCAGGUUGAUGGAAGGAAAUGACUCGUAUGCCAUUCGCCAUGCCUUGACUCCGCCAAUUAACUGUCCAAUCCACAUCUGGAAUGUUAUAGAGAAAUGCCUGCGUUCGAACCCAGUAGAAAGGAUACACUUCUCUGACGUCAUUCACCAUUUGACGGCCAACAGCGUUGUUUGA